GUGACAUUGACAUAAAUGAAAAACGGAUGAAAAUUUGUUUGAUUGAAAUCGAUUUUUCUAAAGUAUUUCCUACAUUUUAAGUUAUGAUUUGCUAGCUUUUUAGACGCUUUAAUAACAGUCGUGCCUCAUUUUUAUGAAUAAUUAGUUGUGGUAGUUAUAGUUAAAAUGAGUUUGGUCAGUAAAAAGUGCGAAUCGAUAAGUUUACUUGAAUCAUCCAAAGGUGAUAUUAUUUCGGGUAAAAUUACACCAGAUGAUGUGUUGCGUUUGGAAAAAAUCACUGAUACAUAUCUUUGUAGUCCUGAAGCGAAUGUAUACGAUAUAGAUUUUACAAGAUUCAAAAUCCGAGAUUUGGAAACAGGAACUGUCCUAUUUGAAAUAGCUAAGCCACCGACAGAUUUUGGAGUGGAAAAUGAUGGAGCAGAGGACACUCCUGAAGAACCACUUGACCCUAACGCAGGCAGAUUUGUACGAUACCAGUUUACCCCACAAUUUCUUAAGUUGAAAACAGUUGGUGCUACUGUGGAGUUUACUGUUGGAGCUCGACCUGUGAAUCACUUUCGCAUGAUUGAAAAGCAUUUUUUUAGAGAUACCUUGCUCAAGACUUUUGAUUUUGAGUUUGGUUUCUGUAUACCAUUUUCGAGAAACACAUGCGAGCACAUCUAUGAAUUUCCUUCUCUACCUCCUGACUUAGUCGAGGAGAUGAUUGCUGCUCCAUUCGAAACAUGCUCUGACAGUUUUUAUUUUGUGGACAAUCAACUAGUAAUGCACAAUAAGGCUGAUUACGCAUACAACGGAGGGAUAAAUAACUAAAACAUUAUGUUACUCCUCUUUAACUUUUGUCAAAAAGAAACUCUCUUUAAGCACUACAAAAUGCAAUUUGUGAGUGAGUUAACUGAAUUUGUUUAAAUUUUCAGUUUCUCAAUCUCUUAAUAUGACUAUUUAGAUAUUUUGCGAUUUGAUAAAAUUGGUACCUAAUUGAAUCUAACUACUGCACAUUUGUUGUUAUUUUUUGGCAAAAUAUGUAAUUUAUUGGCACAGGUAAAAAUAUUUAUGCAAUGUUUUUCAUCGUGCAUAUGUGACUUUUAUUAAAAUUUUACUGUAAUUCAUGACAAAAUGCACAUGCAUUCCACCUUCACAUUGUAAAGGACCCCAAGAAAAAGACUUUACUUUCUUAUGUUAUUAUUGAUGAGCCUAAACUUAUUCAAUUUUGAUAUAAUUAUACUGAAAGUUGUGUUGUUGUGAAUAAGUUUGGUAAAACAUAAUGGUCUACCCAAUUGGCUUUAAAUGUCAAGUUUGUUACCACCUUGGGUAGAUUUCUCAAUCUAUGAAAUAGAUGUCUGAUACAUAUUUAAAAUAUACUAUUGUUAUCAAUGUGUCUGUUAAAAUUUGUGUAUAGUCAAGAACACAUUGUUACCAGUUAUUUUCACUCAAUUAUGAACCUUACAAUUAUCCACAUAAAUCUCGAAAGUUGGAAUCUUUUUAUUGUUUUGGAUAACAUGAUAAUAUUAUGUUGCUGACUGUCUCUGAUCAAAGCAGAACUGGUUGUCUUGCCACUUUUGAAAAAAGAAAAUUGCAUAAGCAUGAAUUGGUGAAAAGCAGAUAUUGAUGAUUUAAAACUAUUGAGAUUUUGCUUGUAUUUUUCAAGCAAAUUAUUACAUAAAUUCAACUUUUUCAAGUUCAAAACCACAUUUUAUCAGUUUAUUAAAAUAAAAACUUUAAAUCUAGUCAAAGGCUCAAUUUAUACCGUCGUUGUGGAACGGAAUUAGGGGAAUUCUCGAGGAUAUCGCAGAAGAUGUGUAACCUUUUUGUCACUCGUAACUAGUUUGUAUGUUAUAAAAUUGACAUUAAGUUCAUUAUGUUAUACACAUUUCACUGCAAACUUUCGUUUUCAUUCUAUUCCACAGUGAUAUAUCGAAUAAUAUUAAUAAUAAUACCUAUAUAAUAUUCAUCUAUUAUCAAAAAGCCAUAUUCCAGUUUAUUGGGAAGAUAUCCAGUUACUUUGUGAUAGCCCAAUGUGUUGUUGUCUGUACAUAAUUUAGUAUGUAUUUAUCUUUCCCAGAAACUAGGGACUAUAAAAUAUGACCUCUUAUUUUUUUGUGGAUUUCUAAACACUUAGUUAUCACAAUUUUGUAAAUGAUGUGAGAACACUUUGUAUGUUUUGUGUGUAUCACCAUUUGUGUUGUGUAUAGAAUAAGACUACACUGACCUGGAUAUUUAAUCUAGUCAUUAUUUAUUAUAUGCUUAGCAUAGCAUAUUUAUUUUUAAUAAUCUAAUAAACAUUGUAUAAAGAAAUAGUACAAUACAGGGAAUGAAUAUAUCUGGAUGUGCUUAUUUAAAUGUAAUGCAUUAAGUAACUUUUGAUGAUCUAAAGAUUAAAUGGUUACUAUUUAAUUGCAAUGAGGAAUCUCUGUAAUGGACUUUAUCACCACUUUACAUCAAGUGGGGUGAGACAUUUGCCUACCUGGCUUUAUAAAAAAAAAACUCCAAAGCGAUGACAGUAUGUAGAGAUAAAAAAGGAAGCUUUUUUUACCAAAAUUAUUCAUUAUUAAGUUAGUUAUUAGUUAAAUAAGUAUUAAUCACAAAAACUACCUAUUUACAUUAGCGCUUCUUGCUCCUUAAAUUUUAUUUAAAAUACAAUCAUGUGUAUAAUGCGAUUCAACCAAGAAUAGGACCGACUGGGCGCCAUGUUGUGAUGUCAUAGCUAUCAAUUCAAACCAAAUAGGUAGAGUGAGCAAAAAAAAAGUUUUUAUUUAAUAAAACUUAUUUAUUAAGAUUAAGUGAGAAAAAAACAUCAGAUUUUUUAUAUAUUUUUUUACUAUGCCUUGUUUUUGUUUUGUUUGUAUUGUUCGACCUAUGUCAGAAAAAUCAACAUUUCUGUCAAUACAAUUUUUAUCACAAAUUCGCUUACAAAAGACAAGGACGGAAAUCUGCGUCACACUAGAUAUAGGAAGUUGUCAUUGGCUGGAGGGCUGGAAUAAUUACAACACAGCAUUAGCAUUGUUCGACCAAUGACAGAAAAGUCAACAUUUCCGUCAAUACAGUAUGAUUUAUUAUAUUUUUAUUACAAAUUGUUAUUUAAAAGUAAUAAAAAAACCCCAACCUUUUUUUUCAGGUUAUUUUACAUUAGCGGAUUACUCCAAAUUAAACAGAGUGACGGUUUCAUAAAUAAAAUAGUUUUAUUGCGCCUGUAUUUUUUUAAAUUUCUAACAAAUAUAGCGCAUUCAAACCAUCAUAAAUCGUUUAAUGUGAAUGAUGAAAAAUUUUCAAUGCCGUCCAACGACUUAUUGUGCGAACAAGCACUCUUGCUUUAAUUCGAAUAAAAUAAGAAUAAAUAACGAACUCCAGUGUGUUCAUUAUUCAUAUAAAUAUUCUUUUCUUUUGAAAAAAAUUGCAAAUAUAAAUAUAAUGUAAAGUUUUAGUUUUUAAGAUGUAUGAUGUCUCACUUAUUUUAUAAAAUAGUUACAAUACUUGUAUCUUUCCAAGAGGUAGGUGCAGAUAACAGCGUCUAUUAUCACAUUAAACUGGUAAACAAAUUAUUUUUAUUUUUGUAACGUAAAUCUUAAUGCCAUGGUCAUUAUUUUCGAAAUUGUUUGAAAAAACUUACUGUACCACCUGAUGCGCUGUUCAUUAGGUAUAAAUUUUCCGAUAUUGUCACGUGAUAGCGCGAUUGCUAAAAAUCUUGCUAUAAGGGCGACUGCACUGUACCUACCAUUGUUAUUAUGAUAAAUUAAUAACAGUACCUUUCGUGUAAUAUAAUAGCAAACAAGAGGAAAGAAAGUUGGUGCUCCGUCACUUUAUGGUCAAAGACAAGUGAUUGUCGCUAAGUGUUCUUAGGGCAGUCUUUUUAUCCAGGUACGGAUUUAGAGGUAAGGGGGCACGGGGGCAACGAAGGAGCGGAGGCUUUUAAAUCUAGGCCGGGCGGACGCCCCCCGUUGUUGGUCACCCAUCGACAUUAAUUUUUUUCCCUCUGUAGUGGCGGCCCCCCUGUCUUUUGGGGUCUCCUAGGCCACAGCCCGCCCCCCUUAAUCCGUUGUGGAUUAGCGCACUUUUUGAAAUAACUAAAUAACAAACUUUAAUUUACCAUCUGAAUAAUGACUUCUAUCAGCCGACGGCGAAUCGAAGAAUACUUGGGUGUUUUUGAUUUGUACUGUAUUAAUCCGUCUUAUCAUAUUUCUAUAUGGUAGAAAUUACAAAAUAAGAACGCGUUACUCUUAUCUCGGGCCCACCGCGCCCCGUCUGUUUGGCAAGGGCAUAAAGGACUAUAUCAAUGUCUUGUAGCUAUUCAUUAGAAACGACUCUGGUGGUCAAAAUGUCAAUGGAUAGAUGUGUUACUUUGCCUGCUGUUUUAUAUAAAAGUAGUGUCGCUCGAUUGAAAAGGCGAUUUACCAGCUACCCUCGGAAGCUCUUGUUCUCACUGUUUUGAGUUUUGGACGCGCCUUCAGACUUUAAUCCCAUUUUCUUACCUGUACAUUCCCAGUCUCCCCCGCGGGUAUUGCCAUCGGAGGCCAAUGGGAAUAAAAAAAACUGAAGUGACUUCAUUCCCAUUUGCCUCCGGUGGUAAUCCCUGCGGCGGCUGGGAAUAAACAUUUAGUUUUUCUAUUCCCAUUUGCCUGCGGUAGAAAAUCCCGCGGGAAUAUACGAUUUAGCGUCUGGUUGCGAUCUGCCAAUGUUGUAACAUUAGGCGUUGAGCAGACGACGGGGCGGGGCGAGCAUUUUGUCCGCGAAGCAAUAAAGACCGCGUCUGUCCGUCGAUGUCUGCGGCUGCCCGCGCUGCGUACACAAAGCACACGGCGGGCAGAGGCGGUCAGUUUAGGACGUUCGUUCUAGUGAAUAGUCCAUGACCGCCCCGCGCCGCCGUCUGCGUUACUGCAUAUAAACUGGUUUGUAUGAUCCACGGCGGGCAGCCGCGGACAUGCCGCGCCUUGGGUGCCCGCCGGGCACCCAAGGCGCGGUCUUUUUGACCGCUGUGUGCGUUUGAAGUAUAGGAUUCACUUUGUGCUAUUAUUCGCGGCGAAAUUGACCGGCCCGCCCCGCCCCGUCGUCUGCAAAGCGCCUUACUGUUUAAAGUUGAGAACAUUUUUCCUAAUAUUAUGCAUUCCUUUUGACAUUGUACAAGUUGAAUACAUUCCUUUUGAAACCUAGUACUCGACGAACUUAUUGCAUGAUACGUGUAACAGAUAGGUAGGAUACAUUUACGAUUGUUAAUUGUGACAUUUUAUUUGGGAUAUGAAGUCGACACUACCACAUAGGCUGGAUAGGUGAUAAUCGCUUGAACUAUUCCGUUUUUGCCAAAAUAAAAUCAUGAAUAGUUGGAAAGGUCCUAUGAUCCAGCGAAAGCAUUUAAUGCCUUUACAGUUCUAUUCAUUUGUACCUAUACGUAGUAUAAUGCAAAUGUAUAAUGUUGUCUUUGCAUUUGUACCCAUUUAUAAUUGUAUCCAUCAGCAUUGUAUGUUUUAUCUUUCACUUAUUUCCACCAAUAUACUUUUUUCGAUGGUAAUAAAUUGUUGAAAACGUUUAAUGUAUUUUCAUUAUUGUAAGUGCAUAAUAAACUACCACAGAUGAGAACGGGAUCCUGUACUAACUCCUUAGAAGUUUAUUAGCAA